UCCUGAAAAGAAAAGAAAAAAAAGACGGGGGAGAGGAGAGGAGAGGGGACGACGGGACGGGAGCGGCGGAGCUGAGCGGCGCGGCGCGGCGGCUUCUGGCGCUGCUUCCUUGCCUCCCAAAUCCCCCUCGCGAGGAUCCAUCACCUUCUUCGUCUUCUUCGACAUUGCAGCGUAAUUGGAUCUUGAGCAAGAGGCGCCGAGGUUUCGCUGCUUCCUCCCGUCGCCGGCUUGUGGGCUACCCACCUACCCCCUGGUGCCGGUGCUGCUGCUUCCUCCGGGGUUGCACCCUCUCGUGCUCCGCCGCACUUGACCUGUUCGACGAAAUGCCGGGCUACUGACGCUCCUGCUUGAUCCGGCCUUGUCAUCCUCUAACUUGUCUUGUUGCUAAACUCAGUAGGUAGCUUACGUUCUGUCGCCACACUCUCGUUCUGCCUUCGAGAUAUCACCACCUUUCUCGAGACCUCUUACUUCGAUGAAAUGCUCGUGAGCUACGUCCUCACCUUCCCUUUUGCAAGACUGUGACCGCAUACUCAAUUGUGCUCUGUUCGCUCCGUGCUGACUCAACUUGACUGCUCGCGUGGCUACGCUGCUCCUCAUAACUCUAAGAUCGGUGUCCAGUGGUUCUUCCUCUUUCACGAGACCGUGACUGCAUACACAAUUGUGCUCUGUUCGCCCUGUGCUGCCUCCACUUGAUUGCUUCUUUGGCUACGCUGCUCUUGCUAACCCUAAGAUUGGUGGUGUUCUGCUGUUCUUCUUCUUCCUCUUCCGCGAGACUGUGACUCGAUAUUCAGGGCUGCAAGGAUCCCCAAGGCCUCUCCUUUGCUGGUGUGCUUGCUCGUCUGCGUCAAGUUGUUUCGUCGGACUUAUUGUGCUAAGGAGGUUGCUAUUCAUGUUUUAAGUCCCAAGGAUCUCAAUCAGAAGGGCUUGGUCAGCAAGAAAAAUUCAUUUUAAGGUCUUCUUUCUUUUAUUCUGGAUCCUUGAGAUCCAUGACCAACCUGUGUAUUCUUUUAUUCUAAACAACGGUCUUCGAUUCACAACAAGGGCAGAGCAGAAUGGAAGACACGACCAACGAGGUGGUCCAUACGCUUGAAUAUCAGCUAUUGCACGCUUGCCAUUAUGAAGAGACAAUGAUGGCUGAGAGCUUCUUGAAGAUGCCCUCAGGCCCAAAUUUUGAUCAUGUACAAUGGAACUUUCCCAGAUUGGUCAUGGAUCUCAAGGAUCCAGAUGAUCUGCAUUGCCUAACACUCAUGAAAACCUGUGCUCAUAAGAACAUCUUGCAACUGAAGACGGUUAAUGUAGAGGGUGCUCAUCUUGUAGUUUGGACCGAGCCAUACACAGGCAGGUUGAUUGAUUUACUCAGGAAAAUGAAAUCAAAUCUUGGCAAUCCCAUAUGUCCUCCUCCAUGGGUGGUUCCUUCAGAUGUACUGCAAAUAAUUGUGGACCAAGUACUUGAUGGCAUGGGACAAUUGAGACUCGAUGGCAAGUACCAUGGAAACUUUUCACUCGAAAACACGUAUUAUCACAUGGAAUCAGGGAAGCCAAUAGUCAAGCUUGCCAAUUUUAGAGUGAAAAAAGAAGCAAAAUUGCGGCAAUGCCAGUUAGAAGAUGUUUGGGAUAUUGCUCGUGCUCUUGAUGAGAUUUGCGUUAUCGCUGAAGAGUGUACUAGGACAGGACGGGUACCUUUGGACUGUUAUCUUGUUGCUGAUCUUUCAAAGAAGCUGAAAGAAGUUUCAUUAGGGGACUUGGUUACUGUUAUGAAAGACAUCAAGAAACAUAGCUUCUUUUGGGGCUCCUAUCAGAGGAAAAGGUUUUUCGUAUGUGAUCUGCCUUUCGCCUUAAGGAGCUCAGAUUUCAAGAAGGAUGUUGAAGCUUCGUCAACUCUCUGUACUAUACCAUGGGAUACUGAUCCAUAUUCUGGGCUCCUUCAAGACAUGAAUCAGUACCGCGCACUCCAUAAGAAGCAUGCAUACGAUGGAUCUAAGAAGACGGGAUUUUGUUCGUUCUGCAGCGGGUUAUACAGCCAUGAGUUUGAGCUUCCUGUCGUUCAGAAUAGACGUGUUUGCGUUGACAAGGUCCUUCAACAAAGACAUAGAAAAGCCUGUUUUGAGAUGGUGGGUAUGAUGCCCGACAGAGAGACCAAGUAUAUGCUAUCCAAAAAAGAGGCUGCAUGAGGUGCAUUGUGGACCACCUACCUUUUCUUGCUAUUUGAAGUGGAUGCGUCCUCCAAAGGCUGAAACUUAUUUAGCAUACUGCUGUAUGAAUAAAGAAAAGCAAACAAAUGCAAUGUAUAUUGUUCUGUUUUGGUUCCAGUGAUGAACUCUCAUGUAGAGCAUACUAAGAAGACUGUGGGGUUCUAGGAACAUUUUUGUCUGUUGUGUCACCUGCUACUGGCGUGGAGAGUAAAGAACCUAGAAUAUCUUAGUUCUGUUUCAUUCCCGGCUUCUA